AUGGCGGUGCUAGCCAGAGGCAACCUGGAGAGGAGCUGUAACAGUGACUGUGAGGGCCCCGUGUGCUUCGGUCUGGGGGUCCAGAUGGGUCUGUACGAGCAGAACGCCUGCCGGGCCUCUGAGGAGGGUCCCCUGCCUCUGGCCAAAGGACCCAGAAGUGUAAAGGUUGUUUGGGCAAAUGUCAAGGGCAAGGUGGGCAAGAAAGGGGGUUUAGGCCCACGUCUGGAGGAAGGCCGGCUGUUCGGCCUCGUGGGUUUCCGUGGUGCCGCGGAGGUGGUGGAUGAGGGCGGGCUGAGCAAGGGCGGGCUGAGCAAGGGCGGGGCUUCCAGAACAAAGGAGAAUGGGGAGCCCUGGGGGCCUAGGCUAGGCAUCAAAAAGGCUCUGCAGAGUGAGCAGGCCAUAGCAGCUGCCUCUCCGUGCCCAGCAGUCAGUCAGACAACCUGUGCCAGGCCCCUUCCACCUGCCCCAGACGGGCAGCAAACAACACUGCUCAGAGAGGCCUUGUUCUCCAGGGUGAUUGCGCCCACACUGCUCUGUGGUUUGCUCUACUUGGCGUGGGUUGCUGCUGCAGUUCCAGAGGAGGGCAGAGGGAUGGCGGGGAGUGGAGCCAGGAGCCAGGAAGGCCGUCAGGAGCGUGCCUUGAUCCCGGAGCCCUUUGAUGGGACCAAUGUAGCCCCAUACCUCUGGCUGCACCGCUUCGAAGUCAUCAACGAUCUCAACCACUGGGACCAUGCCACCAAACUAAGGUUCCUGAAAGAGUCCCUCAGGGGAGAUGCCCUGGAGCUCUACAGUGGACUCAGCCCCAAGGACCAGGAAGACUAUGGGGCUGUGAGAGAGACCCUCCUGCAGGCCUUUGGGGGGCCCGAGGCCGCCCCCAGCCACCUGCCCAAGGAGAUCGUCUUUGCCAACAGCAUGGGUAAGGGCUACUACCUCAAGGGGAAAAUUGGCAAAGUGCCCGUGAGGUUCCUGGUGGACUCCGGGGCCCAGGUCUCUGUGGUCCACCCUGGCUUGUGGGAGGAGGUCACGGAUGGUGACUUGGACACCCUGCGGCCCUUUGAGAACAUGGUAAAAGUGGCCAAUGGGGCUGAAAUGAAGAUCCUGGGCAUCUGGGAUACAGUGGUGUCCCUGGGGAAGCUGAAGCUGAAGGCAGAGUUCCUCGUGGCCAACGCCAGCGCUGAAGAAGCCAUCAUUGGUACCGACGUGCUCCAGGACCACAAUGCCGUCCUGGACUUCGAGCAUCGCACGUGCACCCUGAAGGGGAAGAAGUUCCGCCUCCUGCCUGUUGGAGGGUCCCUGGAAGAUGAGUUCGACCUGGAGCUCAUAGAGGAGGAGCCCUCCUCGGGGGAGGGGGGUCAGGAGCUCUCCUAUUGAGAAGCCCCCUUUUCUUUACCCCCCAAACAUUGGUGGGAAGACCUACCAUAGUGGAGGGGAAGGGCAAAUACCCUCAGGGGUCACUGGGUUUUGCCACCUCUCUGGAACCAACUCUUGCCUCCUCCUCUCCCUCCUCCUCCAUCUUCAGGGGCCUUCAUCUGUCCCUGGUUGGGGAGGCUUCCAUCUGAAAAGGCACAGGUGAGGGAGAGUAGGCUGGCUAUCUCAGAGGAAGGGAGAGUCCUCAUGGGUGGUCAAGCUGCUAUUGGUGGCAAAGAUUUAAGGCUGGAAGGUUCCGAGAAGGCUAGAAAUAGUCCACUGUCUCUCAGAGAGGACUGAGGUACCUCU